AUGAAUGUUUCAGGAAGUUUGUCCAGUGCGAUUUUCUUGGUUGCUGGCACUACCGUAGGUGCAGGGAUACUGGCGAUUCCAGCGGUGACGCAAGAAUCCGGUUUUUUGGCUUCUGCAGUUGCCUGCAUUCUCUGUUGGGCUUUCAUGGUUGUGACAGGUUUGCUGGUUGCUGAAGUGAAUGUCAAUACCAUGUGUGAACUAGGCUCUGGAGGUGUAUCUCUGGUUUCAAUGGCGAAACGGACACUUGGGUCUGUUGGAGUUCAAGUUACUUCUUGGGCCUACAUUUUCUACCAUUACGCUCUUCUUGUGGCCUACACUGCUCGGUCUUCAGGCAUCCUUACAAAUUUCCUCGGCAUUCCAAUAUGGGAGAGUGCAACUCUGUUCUCGCUGGUUCUCGGAGCCAUUUGCUUCUUUGGAAGCCAGCGAUUCAUCGGUGCAGCUAAUGGAGUUCUGGUAUUUGGACUAAUUGCAUCAUUUGCAGCACUCGUGGCAGUUGUAAGUGGAGACUUGCACUUGGAAGCUCUACUCAAGGCUAACUUUGACGCCGUUCCCAUGAGUAUACCCAUUGUUGCCCUCACAUUUGUUUAUCAGAAUGUGGUGCCAGUUCUCUGCACAAAUCUUGAAGGAGACUUGCCGAAAGUAAGAACCGCGAUUGUUCUUGGCAUGUCCAUACCACUUGGCUUGUUUCUUGUGUGGAACGCUGUAAUUCUUGGAUCUUUUCCAGAUACUGGGAUGCCCGCUGGGAAGAUGAUCGAUCCUCUGCAGCAACUGAGAUCGACCAGUGUCAUUGUUGGUCCUUUUGUGGAAGCAUUCUCUCUUCUCGCAAUCGCAACAUCAUAUAUCGGAUUUGUCUUAGGCCUCACCGAUUUCCUCUCUGACUUAUUGAAGCUGCCGACCGGGGAGAACAAGGCUCUUUCGUACCUUCUUACGCUAGUUCCACCGCUUCUCCUUUCCCUACUAGACCCAGAGAUUUUCUUCAAAGCCUUAGAUUUUGCCGGGACAUACGGAGUUAUGGUAUUGUUCGGAAUCCUCCCAGCUGCAAUGUCUUGGUCAGAUAGGUACUCAGCCUCACCAUUAAACGCAAGGAGUUUACCGCAACUUGUUCCAGGAGGAAAACUCACCCUUUCUCUUGUGAUGGGAGCUGCAGGAUACGUGAUUCUUUCUCAAGUAGUAGAGAAUUUUUCACGGUACCUAAUUCCACCAAAACAUUAUAUUCUCAAUGGAGUUCCCCCUCUUCAUCUACCAAGAUAUCAUAUUUCAUCAUCCCCGUUUGGUUUCAAAUCGAACCCAUUCUCUAGAACUCAGGCCCCUAGAUUCUUCAAGUGUUUGCCUCAGUCUCAGAGAGAAACACAAGGAACAACGGAAGUACAAGAGGAAGAAAAGGUUGUCCAAUUUGAGAGGCUCUUCUCUAACCUUAAUCGAUCAACAUUGAAGCGAGAAUCCGGAAGUUUGUCCAGUGCGAUUUUCUUGGUUGCUGGUACUACCGUAGGUGCAGGGAUACUGGCGAUUCCAGCGGUGACACAAGAAUCCGGUUUUCUGGCUUCUGCAGUCGCUUGCAUUCUCUGUUGGGCUUUCAUGGUUGUGACAGGUUUGCUGGUUGCUGAAGUGAAUGUCAACACCAUGUGUGAACUAGGCUCUGGAGGCGUAUCUCUGGUCUCAAUGGCAAAGCGGACUCUUGGGUCUGUUGGAGUUCAAGUUGCUUCUUGGUCCUACAUUUUAAUACAUUACACCCUUCUCGUGGCUUACAUUGCCCGGUCUUCAGGCAUCCUUACAAACUUCCUUGGCACUCCAAUAUGGGAAAGCGCAACUCUGUUCUCACUGGUUCUUGGAGGCAUUUGCUUCUUUGGAAGUCAGCGAUUCAUUGGUGCGGCCAAUGGAGUUCUGGUGUUUGGAUUAAUUGCAACGUUUGCAGCACUUGUGGCAGUUGCCAGCGGAGACUUGCACUGGGAAGCUCUUCUCAAGGCCAACUUUGACGCUGUUCCCAUGAGUAUACCCAUUAUUGCCCUCUCAUUUGUUUAUCAGAAUGUGGUGCCGGUUCUCUGCACAAAUCUUGAAGGAGACUUACCGAAAGUGAGAACUGCUAUUGUUCUUGGCACGGCCAUACCACUUGGCUUGUUUCUUGUGUGGAACGCUGUAAUUCUUGGAUCCUUUCCAGAUACUGGUGUGGUAGCUGAGAAAAUGACCGAUCCUCUGCAGCAACUGAGAUCGAGCAAUGUCAUUGUCGGUCCUUUUGUGGAAGCAUUCUCUCUUCUUGCAAUCGCAACAUCUUAUAUUGGAUUUGUCUUAGGCCUCUCCGAUUUCCUCUCUGAUUUAUUGAAGUACCCAUCCGGAGAGAACAAGCCUCUUCCAUACCUGCUUACGCUGGUUCCACCGCUUCUCCUGGCCCUACUGGACCCAGAGAUUUUCUUCAAGGCCUUAGAUUUUGCCGGGACAUAUGGAGUUCUGGUAUUGUUUGGAAUCCUCCCAGCUGCAAUGUCUUGGUCAGAUAGGUACAACUCAGCCUCAUCAUCAACCGCAACUCGCAUACCACAACUUGUUCCAGGAGGAAAACUCACCCUUUCUCUUGUGAUGGGAGCUGCAGGAUACGUAAUUCUUUCUGAAGUGAGAGAAUUUGUCACAGUACCUUAG